AACUGUUCGGCACUCGUUCAGCGUUCUUCGGCGCUCGCUCACAUCGCGUUCAGUGGCGUUCAGUGGCAUUCAGUAUUGCACGGCGUUUGGUUAUGCGUAGCGUUACUUUGGUGUCUAUAGUAUUGUGUACAGUCGACUUUCCAACGUGUAUUUCAAAAAAACAAAUUCGUCGAGAAAUUUAUAUUUUUUGUAAAGAAACAUUUCUUGGAUAAUUUUUUAUUACCAAACUUCGAAUUUAUUAAAAAUGGUGAUUUUUUCAUGAUUCAAUCAGCGAUACAUAUCAAUCGUCUUUGUAUGAAGAAAAAGAGAGGUCAUCGUUGCAUUCGUCUUUGCGUUCAUUCGUUCGAUACAUAGAAAAGUAAUACAAAAAUGGCGGAAGCUCAUUCAGCCGUCGCCUUCAGUUUUUCCAUCACCCACGAAGGAUGGGACGUGAACUUCGAUCGAGAAGUACUGAAUCUCGUUUGGUUAUCAGGUGUACGCUCCUGGAAGAAGAGAUUCUUUAGAUUUAUGAAUAACUUGAAAAGCGGUGUAUAUCCAGCAUCUUUAGGAAGCCUUUGGCUUACCAUAGGUAUUGUCACUGCAAUUCAUUUCGCGGGCUACAAAGUUCCUUACGAUCUCGUUGGAAAAGUUACGCCAUAUCUUUCUGGAUCUUUAAUACUCGCACAUCUAGCUGGUUCGUUCAUGAUCGGACUUCUCUUAUGGUUGGUCGUUAUAUAUAUGUUACGAUAUAUACUAAAGCUGCUGUUGAUCUACAAAGGCUGGAUGUACGAAUUAAGAGGCAAACAAAAAAAAUUAUCGAGAAUGACACAGAUAUGGCUUCUUUUCGUAAAACUGCUGUCUGGUUGGCGCAAACCCAUGCUUUACAGCUUUCAAGGUUCGCUGCCUCGUCUACCACUUCCUUCGGUAGAAGAUACGAUGAAACGGUACCUCCGAAGCGUUAGACCUCUACUGGACAAUGAAAAUUAUACUCGUAUGGAGAGAUUAGCGAAGGAAUUUCAAAAUGGUAUAGGCGUGAAACUUCAAAGAUAUUUAAUACUUAAGUCUUGGUGGUCUACCAAUUACGUAUCUGAUUGGUGGGAGGAAUACGUUUACCUUCGAGGUAGAUCGCCGCUUGUUAUAAAUUCAAAUUUCUACGGAAUAGAUGCUAUUCUUAUGCAUCCAACUACGAAUCAAGCUGCACGUGCCGCCAGCACUAUUCAUUUUUGUUUACAAUACAGACGGCUUAUUGAGCGUCAACAACUUGAACCAAUUUUACUGCAAGGUAUAAUUCCUUUAUGUUCCUGGCAAUAUGAAAGAUUGUUUAAUACCACAAGGCUUCCUGGUAUUGAAACAGACAAAAUAGUUCACUAUCAAGAUUCUAAGCAUAUAGUUGUACAUCACAAAGGAAAAUAUUUCAAAGUUCUUAUUUAUUACAAAAAUAGAAUUCUUUUACCAUGUGAAAUAGAAAUACAAAUUCAACAAAUUUUGAAUGACAAAUCUGAACCACCAGAAAGUGAAGAAAAAUUAGCUGCACUGACAGCUGGAGAGAGGAAACCUUGGGCAGAAGUCAGAAAUGAAUAUUUCGCGAAAGGAAUAAAUAAAGUUUCCUUAGAUAUAAUAGAAAAAUCGGCAUUCAUUGUCGUUUUAGAUGAUUUUCCAUACGAAUACGAUCCUGAACAUCCUGAAAAGUUAGAUAAUUAUGGUCAAAUUUUGUUACAUGGUAAAGGCUAUGAUAGAUGGUUCGAUAAAUCUUUUACUUUAUGUAUUGGAAGUAAUGGAAGGAUCGGUUUUAACGCAGAACAUUCUUGGGCAGAUGCUGCGGUGAUGUCACAUUUAUGGGAAUUCUUAAUAUAUGAAGAAGCCUGCAACCGAGAGGCUGAUGCUCCUGUUAUGGGAUCUCUCUGGGAAUAUGUUAUUGCUAAUACUAUGGAGAAAGGAUAUAAAGAAGACGGACGUAACAAAGGUACUCCAGAAUUUAUACCACCAACCCCUACUCGACUUCAAUGGGAUUUGUCUUCAGAAUGUAUUGAAUGUAUAAAUCGUUCUAAUGAGAUUGUACAAAAAUUAAUAAAUGACAUUGAAUUACGUAUCUAUGUACACGAUGAAUACGGUAAAGGUUUUAUGAAAGCUAGUGCAAUGUCACCAGAUGCAUAUAUACAAAUGGCUUUACAAUUAGCAUAUUAUCGUGAUGCUGGAAAGUUCAAUCUCACUUACGAAGCUUCCAUGACAAGACUAUUUCGUGAAGGCAGAACAGAAACUGUUAGACCAUGCACUAUUGAAUCUGCUGCAUGGGUAAAGGCCAUGGAAGAUAAGAAUGCAACGUUAGAUAACAAGUAUAGAUUACUACUAGCAGCAGGACAACAGCAUCAAAAAAAUUGUCAGGAUGCUAUGUGUGGCAAGGGUAUAGAUAGACAUCUUUUCUGUUUAUAUGUAGUGUCUAAAUAUCUUGAAGUAGAUUCUCCAUUUUUGAAGGAAGUCUUAAGCGAACCUUGGCGAUUAUCUACAUCUCAAACUCCACAUGGACAAACAUCAAAAUUGGACUUGAAGAAAUACCCUGAUUGUAUCUCUGCUGGUGGUGGAUUUGGUCCUGUUGCCGAUGAUGGUUAUGGGGUUUCUUACAUUAUUGCUGGAGAAGAUGUUAUAUUCUUUCAUAUCUCUAGUAAACGUAGCUCACUAGUAACGGAUGCUGCUAGAUUUGCACGCCAAAUAGAAAAGGCAUUUGCUGAUAUGAAAAAAUUGCUUUUAGAGAGGAAAAAAGUUCAACAGCACAAAAAUGGCUCCACAUAAAGAAUUUAGUUAUUGGUGCAUUAGAAGGCUAUGAAGCACAUAUCAAAAACUACUACAAACUAUAACAAAAUUCUUCCUAUUAUUUUGAGGAGUUUACAUAAAUACACACAAAUUUGUACUCUUAAUUAUUUUUAUAUAAAUAAUUACUACAAACGAAAUUUGGCAAAAACAAAUCCAAUAUUGAAUAUUUGUAUAAAAAAAGGAAAUAUCUGUUAUUUGCUAUUUUUCAAUAAUUUGUUGUAUUUCUAAAUGCAAUAUUGACAUCAAUAAUAUAAAAUUUAAUUUUAACUUUUCUAUAUGCAUAUAUACAAUUAGAAAUAAUAAUGAAGAAAUGUUGCGAAUAUAAAGAAGUAAAAUUUUAAAUUUAUAUCGUUUUGUAUUGGUUUUUGUAUAUAACAUUAGAAAAAAAUAUUCGCUAUCUAUCAUAUUUAACUACUAAAUUAUAUUUACUAAUACAGCUUCGGGUAUCAUUGGAAAAAUGGAAAAUCAAAUAGUUAUUUAAUAUAUUUAAAAUUUUGAUAUAUAUAUAAUCGAUGUUGGUAUCACAAUGACAAUAUACCUAAAUUUAAGAUUGAAAUUUAUUCUUUAAAAAUAAUAUUAAUCAGGUCAAUUUUAUACAUAUUAUUAUAUUAUCAAAAUGAUUAAGUAUGCGUAAAGUAUUAAAGGUGUUACGGUACGUCUUAACGCCAAAUUUAUAAACAAUGCAAUCGCAUUUAUAUUGAAACUGCAAAUAUUCAAUCUUUUAUUUUCAUAUUUAUUUACAUUAAAUACUCACUUUGUUGAUUGCAAAGCUACGAUUACAAUAUACUAUUUUUGUAAUGAUUAUCAUAGCUAUUGUAUCAAUAUGUGACUGUCAUAUAUAAAUAAUAUUCAAAUCUCAACUUAUGCCUAGAUUAAAUCUGAUUGAGAACUUUAGAAUGUUUAUUACUUGUGAUGAGACGUCACGAAUGCCUAAAAUAUUAUGUAAUCAUAUGAACUUUUAGUAUAAUUAAAUAUUUAAAAAUGCCAUAAACUAAUAUCUGCAACCUAUCAAUGCAAAAUUUUAUAAUGUCUCAUUUUAUACUAGAAAGUUAAUAUAAUUAUAUUUUCUUUAAUACGUGUUUGUUAAAGGUAUUGUUAAAGGUACUGGUGCUCUUAAUUAAAAAUAUUUCAAAUAUUUCAACGUU